UGUAUGGUGAUGUGCAAGGUGUUAGUGCAAGAAGUGUCAAUAGAGAAUGUGUCCAUGGAUACGGAAACUGGAAAUACUGAUGGAUAGAUAAGGAAAUAGUUUCGUUUGUUCACCGAUACACAUAUUCUGUCAACAUGUGCUCGGAUAAAGUGAAAGUAGCCGUUCGGUUGCGGCCGAUGAAUCGCCGAGAGAUUGAGAUGGGGACGAAGGUAAUCGUUGAUAUGCGAGACAACCAGACAAUCCUGCAGCCAUUAAAAGACGGACAUGAAGGAGCUCGCAAGACUACCAAGACAUUUGCCUUUGAUCACUGUUUCUGGUCUGUACGAGAUAAUGACUCACGCUUUGCAACUCAAGAGACAGUAUUUGAAUGUUUGGGGAAAGACAUCUUGGAGAGAGCGUAUGAAGGCUACAAUGGGUGUAUAUUUGCGUAUGGACAGACAGGUUCUGGCAAGUCGUUCACAAUGAUGGGUACAAACGAACACAAGGGAAUCAUACCUCGACUAUGUGACGCUCUGUUUGACCACAUCGCAGACAGACGGUCAAACUCCUCCUUCAAAGUGGAAGUCUCCUACAUGGAGAUAUACAACGAAAAAGUCCAUGAUCUUCUCGAUCUUAAAGGAAACAAGCAGAAUUUGAAAGUGCGAGAACACAACAUCUUGGGACCGUACGUGGAUGGGUUAUCUACCCUUGUAGUCAGUUCUUUUGAGGACAUAGAGACGUUGAUGAGUGAGGGGAACAAAUCGCGAACUGUUGCCGCGACCAACAUGAACAGUGAAAGUAGUCGAUCUCACGCCGUCUUCAACAUCAUCCUCACACAGACGCUCGUCGACGACGCAUCGGGGAUCUGUGGCGAGAAGGUCAGUAAGUUGAGUUUGGUCGACUUGGCCGGCAGUGAGCGUGCUCAGAAAACAGGGGCUGUUGGCGAGCGACUCAAAGAGGGAAGCAACAUUAACAAGUCGCUGACAACUCUAGGUCUUGUCAUAUCGGCACUCGCAGACCGAUCUGGCAGCAAGAAUAAAGGGAAGUUUGUGCCAUACCGCGACUCCGUGUUGACAUGGUUACUCAAGGACAAUCUUGGCGGUAACAGUAAAACUGUGAUGGUUGCCACGAUAAGUCCCGCCGCAGACAACUACGAAGAGACGUUGUCCACACUGCGUUAUGCGGACCGCGCCAAACGCAUCGUGAACCACGCCGUCGUCAAUGAGGAUCCCAAUGCCCGCAUCAUCCGAGAACUGAGGGAGGAGGUGGAGGCGCUCAGAUCUCAACUUAGUGCCGCUCAGAGUAUGACAGCUCCUGAUUUGAAAGACAGAUUGGAAGAGUCAGAGAAACUGGUCAAAGAGAUGUCGAAAACGUGGGAGGAGAAACUACUGGAAACCGAGAAGAUUCAUCAGGACCGUCACCAGGCGCUGGAACAGAUGGGUAUAUCGGUGCAGACAUCGGGAAUCAAAGUCGAGAACAGUCUGGCAUAUCUCGUCAACCUGAACGCUGACCCCUCCCUUAACGAACUUCUCGUCUACUAUCUCAAGGACCACACACUGGUUGGACGCCCGGAUGCCCCGACCCAGCAGGACAUCCAGCUGAGCGGUCUUGGCAUCAUGCCAGAACACUGCGUCAUGGAACUGGACGGGAGUGAGGUGCUCCUCACACCACUCGAAGGGUCAAGAACGUGCGUGAACGGCUCUCUGAUCCACGAGAAGACACGAGUUAAACACGGUGACCGGAUCCUGUGGGGGAACAACCAUUUCUUCCGACUCAACUGUCCCAAACCAACUAACAGUCCUCAGAGUGCUGAGCCGGAGACUCCGAUAGACUAUGACUUCGCCCAACAGGAGCUGAUGAUGCAGGAACUCGGUAAUGACCCAAUUCAGGAGGCGAUCGGUGCCAUCGAGAAACAGCACGAGGAAGACAAACAAGAGGCGUUAGACCGCCAGCGACAGAUGUACGAGAAGCAGAUGCAGAUGUUGCGCAACCAGCUGAUGUCCCCGGGGACGCCGUCCUUCCCCAUGCAGCUGUUUGACACAACCCGACUGACCCCGACAGGAAACACGUCCAGCAUACAGAAGAAGUAUCAGCAAUGGGCACUCGACAGAGAGAAGAUUUUCAAGCAGAGUCUGGUAAAACUGCGAGAGGAAGUGGUGAAAGCGAACACGCUCGUACGUGAGGCCAACUUCCUGUCCGAGGAGAUGGGAAAACAGACGAAAUUCCACGUCACUCUGCAGAUACCAGCCGCCAACCUCAGUCCUAACAGACGGCGAGGUGCGUUUGUCAGUGAGCCGGCGAUACAGGUGAAACGACGAGGUCGUAACAUACAGAUCUGGUCGAUGGAGAAGCUGGAGAACAAGAUCAUCGACAUGCGGGAGAUGUACGAGGAGCGGAAGGCGCUGGGACUGCCGAUGAUGGUAUCGUCAUGUUGUGAUGAUGUUGACGGUGACACAGACGCGGACCAGAGUCCGGUCGAGAAGGGCGAUCCAUUCUACGAGAGUCAAGAGAACCACAAUCUGAUUGGUGUUGCCAACAUCUUCCUCGAGUGUUUGUUCUACAACGUAAAACUCGACUACCACGUUCCAAUCAUAUCUCAACAAGGAGAGGUGGCCGGUAAACUCCAUGUAGAGGUCUCGAAGAUCGGUGGUGCAGUACUCGACAGAUACGUCGACAUGACAUCAGAGAAUUACAGCGAGGAAAGCGUGCCGAUGGGGGCGCCACUGCUAGUCAGGGUGUGUAUCCGCGAGGCGAGAGGACUUCCACCAUCUCUGUGUAACUUCGUGUUCUGUCAGUAUUCAUUCUGGGGUCAUCCCGAGACAAUCGUCGUCCCACCGGAGGUCAACCCUGACGUCAUGCCGAGUGACAGCGACACAGUGACGUUCAUGUUCAACCAUUUGAUGGAUUUCAAGGUGGCCAUUACGGAGGAGUUCAUGGAGCACUGUUACGAGGGAGCGCUGUCCAUCGAAGUCUGGGGUCACAAGAGUCACGGCUUCGGUAUCCCCGGCACGGUCGUAGACGUCACCAACAUGAAGGCCAGGUCACUAGCCGACAGGUGGAGUGAAGUGAUGAGGAAAAUUGAACUGUGGGUUGAGAUCCACGAGCUGAACGACCAAGGGGAGUACAUGCCGGUCGAGGUGAUGCCCAAACCUGAUGUUCCAUGUGCUGGGGUGUUUCAGCUCAGACAGGGUCAUUCGCGUAGGAUUCUAGUGCGUGUUAAGCCGGUGUCGAACUCCGGCACGCUGCCCCUCAUCUGUGAGUCAAUCGUGUCUCUGUCUAUCGGGUGCAUCACGGCGCGGUCCAAGCUACAGAAGGGUCUGGACAGCUACCAGGAGGAAGACCUGAGCUACCUGCGAGAACGCUGGUCGGAGGCACUAAUCAAACGCAAGGAGUACCUCGACGAGCAGAUACAAAAACUCAUCAACAAACAAGACAAGUCAGAAGCGGACUGUGAACGUGAACGGGCACUGAUAGAGCAGUGGGUAUUUCUUACAGAGGAACGUAACGCGGUACUGGUCCCUACUCCAGGCAGUAGUAUCCCAGGAUCACCCGCUGACUGGGACCCACCAUCUGACAUGGAGGAACAUUCUCCUGUUAUAUUCCUGGAUUUGAAUGCGGACAUCAUGAGCGCGUCUAACGUGAAGGAAGGUCUGCAGGCUCCGGGCAUCAACUCCAUCCUGCCCAAGGAGCACCGGUCUCAGUUCGUCAACCUGCCCAUCAUCAAGAGUUUCACAGAGAAAGAGAACGUGUGUGCCGUGGUGUCGUGGGACUCGUCUCUCCACGACUCGGCGAGCCUGAACCGCGUGACGCCGACAUAUGAGCGCGUCUAUCUGAUUGUGAAGGCCGUCGUGCGACUGAGUCACCCCGCAUCAAUGGAGCUCGUCCUGAGGAAGAGGAUCUCCAUCAACAUCUACAAGAAACAGAGUCUCACCUCGCUCACCAACAUGCUGAAAAACAGAAUCAUUGGAGGGGAUUAUCUGUAUUCUAGUGGUAUCAUCUACGAAGUUGUUUCAAACAUCCCAAAGAGUUCGGAGGAUCUCGAAGACAUGGAAACUCUGGCACAGAUGGCCGCAUCACAGAACGAAGCGAAAGCAGUGGAUGGAGAAACGUACAUUGAGAAAUACAUCAAGGGCAUAUCGGCCGUCGAGAGCAUCCUCAUACUGGACAAACUGAGACAGGAGGUGGCUGUCAAAGAACUGCUUGCCACAUCGGGACGAUCUCUGAAGAAGACAACAAGUGUACCCAACAUUAACCAGAUUGUAACCUCACCACUUGGCUUGGAAGACCAGAUCCGAGCAGACAGCAUUCAAGAUCUCUCUCUGCCCGAAGGUUUCUCGCGAUCACCUUCGUUCCCGGGUGAGUUCCGGCAACGUGCAUUUUCCGAGGUCACUGAAGGCAUAGCAACGUUAGCCAAGGAGGUGUCCCGUCGUAAAAAACACUCGGUCGGGCUAGCCCGCCCGAACUUCCUGAGUCUGCGAUCUAGUACUUACUCUGCUAAGCGUACGUUAAAAAUAUUCUCUCGUUUCAUCCGUCGUCGACAUGCAUCCCCCAAGUCGGCCUUGAGCCCACACGCCUCAAAGAUCAUGAAACCGAUGAGGACCCUUCAGGAAGAACAACACCACCGCGAAGUGAAACCCCUGUUACACCAAGAUACCGAGGAGGAUUUGGACGAAGAGGACGAACAUGAGUCAAAAAACCAAGGUGACGACCUUCCGAUGGAUGACGACUUCCAGGACUUUGAGUCGUACCAGAGUCAGCAGAUGUCUCGGUCACACAAAGACGGGACGCUGACCCUCAACCACAUGACGCACUCCUCGACCAAUGACAGCAUCGCCGAGGGCCACGGCAAGAGCGGCACACCCAGCAUGACGUCAAGCGGCUAUGGAUCACAGGCCGUGUCGACCUUGACCCUGUCCUCUGAGGACUCGCUGAGUGUCAAGAGCAUCGAGGAGAACGACGGCAAGACACGAACGGCGCAGAAGUCCGGCAGUGUGGAGAACAGCAGUGAGAGCGAUACUGAGGAUGGGAAGGUCGAGAAAGGGUCGAAGGGAGGUAACUCUUCGGUGGAUUCAGUGGAUGAUUUGACGAACAAUAAGGACGAGUAUUUCGAUAGUAGUGCGGAGACAUUGGUGGCAUCUCGUACGAGGUCAGAUUCCUUACUGGACGAGAGUGUUCCCGAUAUUUCCGAUCUUCCCAUGCAGCCCAUCCCAUCGCCCCCCUUAAGUAACUCGGGGGAGUUUACCUUCAACAAGCACGAGGCUGUUACAGAUAGAGACUCAAAAAUGGAAGAAAAAAAUAUUACAGAUGUCACAAAUAAUGACUCAAAAACAGAAGUGAAGGACAUUACAGAUGUUACAAACAAUGACUCAAAAGCUGAAUCUGUGCACAUGGAAACGUCCGAGUUGUUGGAGCACAUUGAGUUGAAGAUCGUCGAGGAAGGUGAUGAGCAGACGGACAAGGCUGAGGAUUCGUCUUCGUCGGAGAAUUCCGAAGUCACGAAAAUGUCUGGUGCAAUAGCGAAACACGAGUCGGAUAGUGACCUCUACAGCGAGGCGGCGAUGGAGGAACUCGAGAAGCUUGGUGCUGCUGAAUCGGGCGACCUCCCCGAGAAGGAGCAAGAGGACAGUGAAGUUUCACACAACUGUAAUCGGAGUAAUGGCCCGACAGCCAUGGAAACGGUCGUGGAAAAGGACGUGAAUUGUGAUUCUAAGAAAUGUGACAGUGUAAGCGUUGUGUCUGAGUCGGCGACUCACUCGGUAGACAAAUUGUCGAGUAAGUCGAACCACAGAACGCCGGACACGAAGGCGGCGAUGCGGCGGAAAGGCUCAGGCUCGAGACCGAGACCCAUGUCGAUGAUCUGCUCCCCACGUGCAGAGUCCGCCAUGAGGGCCAUGCAGGAGGAACUGGCCAGACGGAGUAGUCUCCACCUGUCUGAAGACGAGCUCUCUAAUUCAGGUUACGAUGACACUCUGAGUGAAUGUUCGUUCGGGAGUCGCGCUGACCUCGAUCGACUCCAGGAUGGCCCAGUGCCCGGCUGGGUGCAGGACGGGGAGGGCGUCGUCGUGACGUCGUCGCGGGGAGGUCCCAACAAAACCGGCAUAGUGCGCUUUGUCGGCCAGGUGGAAUUCGCAGCGGGGCCGUGGAUCGGGGUCGACCUAGACCUGGCGGAUGGUAAGAAUGACGGUUCAGUGAAUGGAAUACGAUAUUUUCGAUGUCUGCCUCGUCACGGGGUUUUCGUUCGCGCCGAAAAACUCAUGUGGGACAAGAAGAGAAAAGGGUCGAGAAAAAACCCAUCAGCCAAUCGCAAGAGCUCAAGCAAUCUGGCUUCAUCAUCUUCAAACCUGUCAUUCUCCUCAUCCAAUCUGUCGCAGAGUCGCGACUACAUGCGGCCAACCAGCGCAAGCAGUGCCAAGAAAAACUGAAAUAUAGGAUCUUCAGUCGCGUCACUGUGUUGUAAACCAUCAUAAAAUAAUGUUACAUGUUAUACUUUUAUGGUCGGAAACAAACUGAAAUAAUAUGGUCAUCAGUUUCUUCACUCUAAUACCAUUCUUACACUGGAAAGAAAAAACUGAAAUAUGAUCAUUUAGUGUAAAAACUGGAAAGAAAAGUUGAAAUAUUAUCAUUUAGUGUAAAAACUGGAAAGAAAAACUGUAAUAUGAUCAUUUAGUGUAAAACUGGAAAGAAAAACUGUAUUGUGAUCAUUUAGUGUCAAACUGGAAAGAAAAGCUGAAAUAUGAUCAUUUAGUGUAAAACUGGAAAGAAAAACUGUACUCUCUUUAUGGUCAUUUAGAGUAAACAUGGAAAAAAAAUGUAAUACGCUUAUCAGUUUCUUCACUCUAUUUCCAUCAUUACUUGUAUUCUUUAUGGCUGUUUAGAGUAAAUACUGGAAAGAAAAACUGAAAUAUGAUCAUUUAGAGUAAACACUGGGAAAAACAACUGGAAUUUGACCAUCAGUCUCUUCACACUAUUGUAAUUAAAACAUCAUUACAUAAUUAUAUUCUUUAUGGCCGUUUAGAGUAAACACUGGACAGAAAAACUGAAAUAUGAUUUUGUCAUCAUCAUCAUCAAGUCUUUCCAGUUUGUUACAUCAUAACACCUAGGAUGUGCAGAGUUAGAAGUGCAUAGAAGAUGAGAUAUGAUUUUAUUAUCGUCUGUCUUUUCAUUUGGCUACCAUCUUUACCUGUAUUCUUUACGAGUGUGUAGAAAUAAUUGAACAGGGACAGACAUCUGUGAUUGAUGAUGAGAGAGAGAGAGUACCUUUAACAUGCCCCUAUACCACUAAGGUUUCGGGCAUGUCUGUCAGGGGCCAGGUCUCUGGAUAGCCAGUGGUCUAGGACAGAAUACUAAUGGACAAUUUAGAAGUUUACACCAAAAAGGGAAUGACGAUGACCCUAUGAAUUUUGAAUGAGACAUUUCGGUUUGAUCUUAAGCAGUUAAAACCUGAUGAAGAGGAGUAGCCAAAGCGUUUUGUCCAGUGAAUUAACAUACAUGGACAAUGCUCUGUCAUAGUUGGUUUAAUUGUUAGUCAAAGUCGUCAUUGCAGAGAAAGUGCAUUUUGUUUUGCUACAUUUCCACAAGCCGUUUUUGAGAUUGUCAUUAUAGAUUAGUGAUGUGGGAGAGAGAUAGGAACUGUGUCAUAGUCAUUUUAAUUGUCGGUCGAAACAAUUAUUUUUGAGACACUUGCUUGAUGUGAUUUUUCACAAGACGUUCUUGAGAUUGUCAUCACAGAUAACAGUAAAGUGUUUCGGUAGAGAUGGGAACUAAUUGUUGCUAGAGGUUGAAUGAAUAAUCAGAAAGUCCUGUCGUCAAUAUUUAACCCAUUCAAGCAAUGCUUUCGAUAGAAUUUGAAGACAGGAAAAAAAGUCUGGUUGCUAAGAUACAUGAGUUAAGUAUGAUGGAGUGUACAUGCAGAAUCAUUUUCAGUAAUAGUAUAUACCCCAGAGUAAUGAGUUCCAGGUGGUCAAGAUUCAACCAUUGCUUAUGGUGGAAUUUACACACAGAAGAAAGCCGUGUCAGCUGCGUUGUUCAUCACUUCAGAUAUGUUUUAUUUCUUGCGACUGUUAGUGACUCGUAACAGUUAUCGGUGUCCAUCAUGUAAAUGUUUAUUGAUUUACUCGACGGUGUCAUCAUAAUCUAUCCUACUGAUCCAUACAUGGGAAGGUUGCAAUUCUUUUCAAAAGCCAGCAUACAAUGUACAUGUACUGGAAUGUGAAAUUUUUGUCAAAACGUUUUUCUUCUUUUUUUCUCAAAAUGAAAUAUUCUUUCAGUGUUUUGAACACAAUUAAAAGUCAUUAUAUAUAUAUAUAUAUAUAUAUUAGAGUUCUGUAUAUAUUGCACAAUGGACACCCCUUACCUGUCUCCAGUAUAUUGUAUAUUUAAAUAUUUACAAACACUCGGCAAAAUUUUGAGAUAUGAAUUUUUUAAAUUAUUUUGUUUACUAGUACACACUGUCAUAUAUUACAAUAUGGUACCACUAAAUGUAAUGCAUUAUAUUGACUUUUUUUAAUGUUAAGAAAUGAAUAAUGUAAUUGUUCUAAUUUAAAUCUUGUAAUCUAACAUAAUAAUCAAACCAAUAUAUUUAAAUAUUCUGUUGAGUUUGGCACAAACCAUACUGGUUUUUUUUUUUUUUUGUUAAUUUUUUUCACAUUAGUUAUAUUAUUGCAUCUCCUUUUUGAUUCUGCUAGACAGUUAACAAUGAUGAAGAUGGAUACAAACAUUACAAGUCUGUUAUAUUAUUUUUCAUCAGUCAUUGUAACAAGUUAACAUGUUUCAGUGUUUUCACAGGGUAGGUAUAGAUCAACUGUGUGUGCAGUUAACUAUAUGAAUUUGUAUAUAUAAUCUAUAUUUGCUGACAGUUUGAAGCUAACACUUAAUCUAACAAUGAAGAGUAUAUAAAUGAAAUAUGAUGACAACUUUUAUUAUUUUGAAUAGUAUAACAUAAAAACGAAUUCUGUUUUAAAACUAAUAAAUUUGUUGCAUAAUUCAGUCUCACAUUGGUCAAGAAUUAACAAGUGCUGUAAGAUGGAAGAUAAGUGUCACAUUCUUCAGAAAGCUGUGUCAAUGGAAAAAUUAAUAAUUUAAUGUCAAGAAAUGAAAGUUGUAAUCCUUGUUCUUGGAUUGUGGACUGGUGAUUUAAGAGCUAUAAAUUUUGUUAAAUAUUUGCUGGUCAGAUAUUAAAUACAUGUGAUUUUUCUUGACAUUUUUUGUGCUCAUAAGCUACAGGUGCUUUCUCACUGUGUAACUUUCUGUAACAAUGGUAGAGACCAAAACAAUAUUAAUAAUAAUUAACAUACAUAUUUUAAAUUGUGAUUUGUUUUUCUUAUUAUUAUUAUUUUUUAAAGAUUAUAUUGUUAUAUUUUAUCUGACAAUAUGUAUAUCAGGCUUCUAUUAAUUGAAAGUUUGCACUUUUGGUUUGCAUCCAUAUACAUCAUGUCCUAAAUUUUAAUUCCCAGAUGAAAAAUGGGCUGUUGCACUGAGAGAAUAAGACUCAUCAUUCUUGUUAUUACAAGUUAGAUAGUGAGAAUGGACCUUAAAGAAAUGCUCUUUAGAACUUGCAUCCAGUGUUUUUUCUUUUUUUUUGUUAGCUAAUUAACACCGACUUUGAUCUCAUUUACUAAAAUACAUGAAUUAAUUUACAGUGUGAAAUGUAAAUUGUAUUACAGUUUGUGAAAUAUAUAUGUAAUUUGUUUUCACUGUUAAAUGUAUGCAUACACUUGUUUUGUCAGUGCAAAAUGUACUUGUAAUUUUUCGCAAAGCAAAAGUAAAACGUAAGUAAUUCAGUGCAAAAUAUGUGUAAUUUGUUUUUUUACAAUGCAAAAUGUACACAUAAAACAAUUCAUAGUGCAAACUGUAUGUAAUUUGUUUUCUCAUGUAUGGAAAAUACUGCAUGCACUUUUUGUAAUUUGUUUUUAGUGCAAAAUAUAUCCGCAAUUUGGUUA